AAGAUGUCCGUCCAGUUCUAGCCUGCACCUGACUCUCUCUUCUCUACUCGAGAAUGUGGCGCAAAGACAACCUCCAAACAUCAGCUAUUUAUUCAACACUCAACAUCUCCCGCUUAAAGCUCGUGGUCAGAAGGCAAAAGUAGUUUCCUUUAAAAGACCCAAGGUACGAUGCCAAGGUCUUUCUUGGUGAAGAAACACCUCACGAACAAGAAGCCUGACUAUGGAGUGUUGGACUCAAAAAAACACGAGGUGAUUCAUAUUGAAUCCUCAAGCUCCAGACUCAAAACGCUGCACCCUCACGAGACUCUGCUUCUUGGGAACACAUUGAGCUCCACUCUGCGGGUGAACUCGAUCACUUCAGGGAUGUACGUGCCUCCACAGCACCCAACGGACGGCCCAGUUCUGGGUCUCACUUACCCCUUACCUGUGACGUCCAGUCCUCUUCCAGACAUACGGCCUGCGCUGCCAAUGCUGGAGUGUACCGAACCACGGCCAUUCCAGCUAUCCCAAAGAGACCUACAAGACGACGUGUCCGCUUUAGGACUGGCCACCACUGGCAACGCUGAUGAAUGUUUUGACUGCCAGAAAGCUUACCUGAGCUUCUCUAGUCUGACCAACCCGAGGCAGGUCCACUGUCAGUGGCAGUGCCAAAAGUGCUUCAGCUGCAAGUACUGCGACAAGGAGUAUGUGAGUCUCGGGGCGCUGAAGAUGCACAUCCGUACGCACACGCUGCCAUGUGUGUGUAAGCUGUGCGGAAAGGCCUUUUCCAGGCCCUGGCUGCUUCAGGGACACAUUCGCACACACACAGGUGAGAAGCCGUUCUCCUGUCCCCACUGCAGUCGUGCGUUCGCUGACCGCUCGAACCUCCGGGCGCAUCUGCAAACCCACUCCGAGAUCAAGAAAUACCAGUGCAGAAGCUGCUUCAAAACCUUCUCCAGAAUAUCACUCCUGACCAAGCAUGAAGAGGCCGGGUGCUGCCCCAUGUCCUAAUAUUACUCAGGAGAAACAGAGCCCAAGUGUGACAGAUCGUUCUGCUUGGACGGAUCGACAAGUACUCAAGAACAUGGAAUACUGACUGAUAUACUGUAUGCUCUUUGAAUGAAAUGCAAACUAUAAAGCACAAUAUGCUGUGUGAGAGUGGCCUUGCAAAUUUUCCAGUUGUAUUUAGUACUUGUGAUGGUUUUUCAGGUUACGGUUUUGUAAUGGGGAAAUUUCUAAGCAAACAAUAAAAUAAUAUUUUUCUAAUAAUAUAAUAAGUGUCCUAUUUAGUAUAACAUAUAUGUUUGAAACAACUGCCAUGUGCUUCUGUACCUGCUCACGACACUGGGUUAAAAACAACCCAACAUAUUGGACUAUUUAACUCAAAUAUAAUUUAAAAUUACUAUAUUGCUGGGUUAAAAUGAACCCAGAACAGUUUGGAAAUUAAAGUCGCACACAGAAACACUAGAGUAACAACACAGGCAACAGUAAUAAUCAAAAGGUGAACAUUUAUUAAUAAGCAAGAACACACAGGAAUGAACAAAAUUAUAGGAAGGAGUAAAAACAAUGUGUACACGUGUGAGUGGAGAAAGUUCAGAAAACAAUGACAACUCAAGAGUUAUACAGUUUAUACAGUUAAACAAAAUUGCUUUUUAAAAGUUUAAUAUUUAAUAAACUACAUUUAUGAACAAAGUUGACCAUAUUCCCUUUUUUUUCCUCCCACCAAUGGACACACUAAUAGCGCUACGGACAAGUUCAGCCAAGAAACACAGAAAGAUGGGAAUCAAUAUGAUUUCCCUCGCUGGAUAACACAAAAAUUACCCAACCAUGGAAAAAAUUACCCAACAGGCUCAACCCAGAGAGUAUGAUUUUGACUUCACAUACCAUUACAUACAAUCUUCGUACAGUAUUAAUUAAUAUGUCUAUAUUGAGGGCAGCUAAGGAGAGGAAAAUUCUUUGAGGCUAAAUAAAACCUACAAUGUUUCCCAUUUGUAAUUGUGCAUGGAAAAAUCCCUGUAUAUAUAUCUGUUUAUUGGCAGGUGGAUGGAGGCCAGCUGCGGACCAUAAUGGCACCAUGGAUCUUGGGCUGUGUCCGAAAUCGCCCCCUAUACCCUCAUUCACUAUUCCCUACAUUAGUCCACUAAUAUAGUCCACUUGAAGGAGUGAAUGAAAACGAGUGAGUUUAUUCGGUGUGCCGGAAGGGCUGCUGCUUUUACAUAGUUUGUGCUGUUUAAUAAUCAUUGUAAACUUAGCAAACUGGCAGCUACAUAAGUAAUGAAAAGAUUUAUCUUCAGCUCUGUCAUGGAAUCUGUGUAUAAACCUUAAAGGGGUGGUUGAUUAUGAUUUCACUUUUUUAACUUUAGUUAGUGUGUAAUGUUGCUGUUUGAGCUUAACAUCUGCAAAGUUCAAUGCAAAGGGAGAUAUUUUCUUUCACAGAAAUCACUUUUAAGGACUACAACAAACAGCUGGUAGGGACUACAAUGAGGAUGGUGACAUCACAAACCCCCAAAUUUACAUAAGCUCCGCCCUCGAGAACAUACAACAAAGGGGGUGAGGCCAUGUUGGGCUGCUUUAGAGAAGAGGAAGAGUUGUUGUUGUAGAGUGUUGUUAUCAUGCCGGACUGCUUCACAAACGAGGGUCAAUUCAACGCUGGAUUUGCACAAAAGAUUAACAUGACGGCACAUGCUAGUCGAUGAGUUGAAUCAACUCCACAGCAACUACAUAAAUUUAUCCACUAACCCUUCAGAAACGUCCAGUUUCAUUCUAAAAGUUGUAACUUCUUCCUGAGUCUCUCCAUCAGUGUCGACUCCGGUUUGAACAAUGUAAGGCUGAACACCGUUACUGACAAUCCUCAUUUUGGCUGCGUGAGAUUCUCCAGCUUUGUUGUUGUUGAGCGACCGAAGCGCGAGCUGUUAAAGCUCCGCCCUCUUCUGGAAAGGGGGCCGGGAACAGCAGCUCAUUUGCAUCUAAAGGGACACACACAAAAACGGCGUGUUUUUGCUCACACCCAAAUAGGGGCAAAUUUGACAAGAUAUAAUAAAUGAUCUGUGGGGUAUUUUGAGCUGAAACUUCACAGACACAUUCUGGAGACGCCAGAGACUUAUAUUACAUCUUGUAAAAGGGGCGUUAUAGGUCCACUUUAAUUAAACAAUUUAAUAGUCAAUUAAAAAGGAAUUUAAACUUGUAUAACAUUACGCUGGUACCCACAUUUGACCAGCGGUUUGGAAAAUGGAUGAACGGAUGAUUCAUCUGCGGGCGCCAUCUUGUGCUCAGACGCGGGAAUUCAUUCGGCACGUGACUCUCACAGUGCAUUAUGGGUAUUCUCUAGCCGUUGAGCAUACAUCAGUUGUACACUCUUUGUUGCAGUGCAUUGUGGGAUUGAAUGAGAGCACUCGAUAGAGUCCACUAUGGUUUCGGACACCAAUACAAAUUUGUUCUCUCAAAUAGUGUCCUAUUUAAGGGUAUAGGGGGCGAUUUUGGACACAACCAAGGUCUCUGUUUUCUCUCAUCUGAAAGAAAUUUAGUGCUUGUCUAAUCACUGAUUUAAAAAACAACACUUUCCCCCUGCAGAAUUCUAUUUCGCUUUGUUCUGAAAAAAAAAUACACACAAGUUGGAACCACAAGAGGUAACAGGGCAGCCCAAUAGAGCUGAACCGCAUUGGGUCAAACGUGGAAACUGCGAUGGACUGAAGCACCAACAGGUUCUCUAAACAUAUUAAGGGACAACAGAGGGCAGAGGUCUGACUCCAUCUGCAAGUCUCUCUAGUAUUUUACCAUAGUCAUGACACAGCAGAUACAGACUGGAAUUUGUUCGUUUAUCCUGACUGGAGCCGACAUGACCAAACCUUCACCUCCAACACUAAAUUUACAUCCGUCUCAUUCCUUAGCCGCAGUCCACCAAUCCCACUGUCUGCAAAAGCAAGGCUGCUUCAUAUUAUCCAUGCAGUGUGGCUCUAGCUGAAUCUGGAUAAACUAAAGGCCUCCAUGGCAGACGUGAUCUUGACCCCCUGUCACUAUGCUCCAUGACGUUUCCGUCAUCUGACGCCGAUGCUCCUAACUAUAACCACUGUGACUCCACAAAAGAGGUGUCCAACUCUAAAAAUAUGCUGUAGCCAGGGUGAGGGAGGCAUGGGCCCACCCCUAUACUGCUUCAGACGGUCCAAAAUAGAUCUUGAGGCACUAUUUCUGACCAGCUGAAGAAUAGGCCAAGCAGGACGGCUUCCAUUCCCCCUUGCCUCUGGAAUUCAGAGAGUUUCCAAUUGCCCUAAUGAGUCAGCGAUCCCCAUUUCCACCUGUGUCUCCAUACUCCAUACAGCCCAGAUCUUCCACACUCCUUGUUCUGUCAAUCACAAAACAAGGAGUGUGGAAGAAUUUGGGCUGAGGUUUACUUUAAAGGUGUCAUGAAUUGAGAAAUCAAAUUUUCCUUGAGCUUUUGACAUAUAAGAGGUCAUUGUACUAUAGAAAUAUCCUGUAAGUUUCAGAACUCAAACUUUCCUUGUUAGUCCAAAAACAGCUUUUGUUGAAACCAAGAUCAGAAAAUGACUUGUUUCGGAUUUUGUUACAUUAGUGCAAUGAAACACCGCCUCUGCAGAAGAAGAUCGACGCCUACUUCUACAUCAUUGCGUCUUUAGCCCCACCCACCGAUUUGCGAAUGUAUUAUGAGUUAUAUUAAAUAUGAGUUAAAAUCUGACAUUUAUUGAUCCGGUUACCCCAUCUUCUCCUCAGAACUUACAGUCUUCUCUCUGAUUUUCUCUCAUUAAAAAGCGGCAAAGGCCAUUAACAAUAAUAAAAGAGAAGAUUUGCUUUUACAUGCAGCUCAACUGUUUUUAACAUUGAGAAUAAUAAGAAAUGUUUCUUGAGCAGCAAAUCAGCAUAUUAGUUAUUUAUUAAUGUAUUCCUGUGAUCAAAGCUGAAUUUUCAGCAUCAUUACUCCAGUCUUCAGUGUCACAUGAUCCUUCUGAAAUCAUUCUGAUAUGAUAAUUUGCUGCUCAAGAAAAUUUCGAAUUAUUAUCAAUGUUUAAAACAGUUGUGCUGCUUCAUAUUUUUGUGGAAUCCGUGAUACAUUUUAUCUGCUAAUUUUAGCAUUCUAAUAUUCUGAUUUAACUCUAAUAUCUUGAUGAAGAAUUAAAUUGUUCAUGAGGCGUUCUCUUCAUGGUGAUUUCAGGUCCGUUGUAACACCCUGAUGUUUCUGACUUUAUGCUAUAAAAAUGUUUGAAUUUAUGCUUUAAUUCAUGAAUUAAAAACAUGCUCAUCAUAGAAGUGUAUUCAAGUCAUGUCUUUUAUUUUUAAAUUCUGUUCCAUUUCCUUUAGUUCCUGUUUCUCUGCUCUGUUUAGUUUUGUUUACCUGGUUACUAAUUAUGUCUUAGUUUGUUUCUAUAGUUACGUAUUAGUUUCACCUGUGUCUAGUUUACUUGUUCUACCCCUAUAUUUCAGUUGUUUUUUGUUAGUUCUCGUUUACUUUACAUUGUAGUUUGCAUUUUUCCUAUGUAUCUCCGGCGGUUUCCUGUGUUUCUACUGUUGAUUGUCCAGUGAUCUCCUGUGUGUUUAAUGAAAUAUUUGAUUUUAAUAGUAUCGUUGUAGUGUAAAAAUUAUUGUAUGUAUGUAUGAAUUGAAUUUUUAUAUAAAUUAAUGACCGGCACCAAAGACUGUAGAAUAACACAAGACGCGUCACUCUUAUUGUUUUUGAAUGGGAGAAAGUGCAAAACGCAAUAUGGCGGAAUAAGUCCCGCCUUCUAAAUAAGAGCUAAUUGCUGAUUGGUAAAGUCAUCGCGUCACUGCAGUGGCCGUUAAAAGCUCUGGUUCCUAUAGAAACAGUCAGAUGCACGCCUCCGAAAUGAGACACAAGAGACGCGCAUUUCAGACUGCGUAUGCGCAUUAGCUUCAUCCAGCCUGAAAAAUACAGUUUUUUGUCAUGAUUCGAGCGUUUAGAAACAAAAUUUAUGAGACAGUUGUUGUCAGAUUUCAUUGGUGAUUUCAAAUAUGAAAUUUAAUCGAAAGCUUGGCAAACAGCUUUGGAGAAUUUGACUAUAAUUUUUCCCCAUCCAAAGAGAGGCGUUUCAAAGAUGGCCGCCGAGUGAAAUGACUUGUCUUAAAGGGACUUUGCCGGCACAUUAUUUACCCAUUAAUUGAAUAGAGAAUACCUGUAAAAUAAUGUAAGACUAUUGUUGACAGUGAAUAAAAGAAUUGCUUUAGAAUGUCUUUGCAUCCAUCUUGUAGAUAAGUUUGCUUGUUUUCCAUUAAAGCUCUCAGAACGGAUCAGUUAAGCAUGAUCUCAGAGGAUGGGAGAUAAAAAGUUUCUGGGAUAUCAAUGAAAACUUUUGAGUUGUAAAAAUACCAAAUUCUGUUUAUAGUAAACACGCAACUGCAUUACAUAGUGGCACACUAUUACAAUUCCAUCUGCUACUUUUAGCCACCUUUAAGAUAGAGUUGGUCUAUAUUUAGCCUAUUAAGCGGAUGCUAUCCAGCUUGAGGGAGAUAUUUGUACAGGGGCUCUCAGAGCAGCCGCUGAGAUUUACAGAAUAUUUUCCACACUGAGUGUCGGGUGUAUAUAAAUAUCAAGCUCCUACAAGCCGCUCACACACAGUGCAUGACAGUAAUGUGUUGCACUUGUUACCCUGUGCUCUUCUGCUCGGUUAUAUCCGUCCACUUGUUGUGGAAAAUAAGUUCCCCAGAACAGGUGCAGCACGGUCACAUUUAGAGGCCUGUUCCAGUCAGCAGCAACCCCACCCUAUUUUUCCACCCUCAAUCUAGGCUUGUUUUCCUCCACAGGUUGAUCACUGGAUUUGCGUUUCACUCCGUGCCCUUUAACCUCUGAGGUCAAGUUGUGGCACCGCUCUGAAGCACUGCAUGUCUCUUGUGUUGAUGUUCCACACUUUCUCCUGACACUUCAGCUAGGCCAUAAAUCUCA